AUGUCGAAGCCAACAAUUAUUUUCGUGCCCGGUGCCUGGAUUCCAAAGGUCUCCUACGCUUCGUUUCUUCAUGCUUUGGAAAAAGAAGGAUUUACAGUAUAUUAUGCACCAUAUCCGUCCUUUGACCCGGUGGAUAGUCUAAGCGCUAGCUGCCACCGCGAUGCCGAAGUUAUUCGCAACCAUGUAAUCAAGCCUUUAGUCGAGGACCAAGGAAAAGACGUCGUCGUCUUGAUGCAUUCGUAUGCAUCCAUGCCGGGCAGUGCGGCAGCCAGCGGCUUUUCGAAAACGGAGCGCGUCGGAAAUGGCCAGGCUGGUGGCGUUCUAGGGCUGAUAUGCAUAGGUGCAUUUCUAGUUCCUCAAGGGCUAAGCUGUGCCGGUUUACAGGGUGGCAAAUUGCCAGAUUGGAUAUUACUUGAUCAGCCUGAAAAGGGCGUCAAUGUCGCAGACAACCCAGAAAAAACACUUGCAGCUGAUGUAGACCCAGACCUUGCAAGUCAAAUUGCUGCACAAUUAAAACCACACUCAAACCUGGCCUUUACAUCAGACCAGCCGAACCCUGCCUGGGCUGAACCGAGUUACGAAGGUCGCUAUGCUUACAUUGUUACCGGCGACGACCAGGCCGUUCCCCAGGCUGCACAAUACGGCAUGAUAGCAGCGACUGGUAAGAAGUGGAUUGUAAAGGAAAUAGCUGGGAGCAGUCAUAUGGCACCUUUUUUGACAAAGACUGAUAUUUGCAUUCAGUUUUUGAAUGAUAUUCUGGACUCGUUUUCAUCAGCUUGA